AUGCAUGACCAUCACUCAUGUAUUGAUUACCUCUUCCUCCAGCAGGAAGAUCUCACCCACCUAUUUAAAGCGACGAUAGGCACAACAACUUGGUCAGACCAUAGACCGGUGCUGAUUAGCGCAGAGUCUUUGCUAGCAAAACCUGCAGAAUGGACUUGGCGCAUCAAAGAAUCUUUGCUGCUAGACCCAGCUCUCGAAAAACAGGUGGAGAAGGCAUUGACCCUCUACUUUGAUGAGAAUGAAGCAGAUGACAUGUCACCUCUAACGCUGUGGGAAGCACACAAGAGCAUUAUUCAGGGCUCCCUGAUAGGCCUUGCAACAAAGAAAAAAGAGAUGCUACAAGACAUGUAUCAGAGCUUACGACUCAGAUCUCCAAUAUUGAGCUGCAACAUUAACGGUCUCGCUUGA